AUGCAGGGUCAGUCAGGCAAGGACGCGGCGCAGUCGGCUGGGGCUACAAGUUCUGUACGAUUUGAUCUCCAGGAAGCUGCGAAACUGCAGUGGGCAAAUCCGCUUGGCCUGGAAGAUGCGAGGGGUGGACCUCUUGAGGAGGAAGACGGAGAGUGGGAGCACCAGCGUGUGCAGGGGGGGUGUUCACCGGGGUACCUGCGAAAGCAGGGCGAGGAACGAAGACACGCAUCAGAAUUGAACGUCUCCGGUUCGACUUCGACGGGAAGCUGCGGAGCGAGGUCUUCCCGUCUCAGCGCUGGCGGGAUAUACACUGGGCGAGCUGUUGCAGCUGGCUCAGAGCGCGAGUCGGCCGCAGGCGGCUUCCUGGAUGUCGAGUGCUGCUACGCCCUUCUCCUCCCUAUUGAGCAGAAACCGGAGCCUCUUUUGAUUGCAGGCGUCCUUGCCCCGCUCGGCGUCGUUGUCGCGUGCUCACCCUCGCGCGUCGCCGUGAGGCGCGCGUCCCUGCCGCCGCCUACCGCCGCGGAGUGUGCAGAGCGCAGAGGCCGUCAGCGUCUCCGCGCGCCCUGCAUCAACCUCCGGUUGCAACUGCAGCCUUCUCUGCACCCUCUGCUUACGCGUCUUCUAGCUGUUUCGGCCGCCGAUCGCUCCUUCGUCCACGCACACCCGCCUCUCUCCGGCGUCGCGUUUCCGGCGCGUCGGGCGGCGGGGCCUGGGCCUUCGGUUGGACGCCUGUCUCCGCGCCCGGCAAGCGGGCACCAGUCUCCUUUCCCUUCGCCGUCACCAGUCGGCGCGCUGGCGUGCGGGGUGGGUUUGCGGGCUCACGAGACGGCAGCCGAGCUUCUCUUUCAGAUCCGCGCGUCACCGUUCUUCACGCACCUCGUCGAGCUCGCGCUCUACGAACUUUUUGAGCGCUUUCUGUCCGGCUUCAAACGCGAGUUGCGCGCCCUCGCGCCGUUCAAAGCCAGCCGGAGUGCCCAGACGCCGCCCGCGAAUGGGCUCGCCCAGGCCGGGGUCGCAGGCGCCAGUCCGCAGCGAGACGCGAACGGGGAGUGUCGCAGCGGAGUCUCAGGGGUCUCUGCUUCGUCCACGCUUCCGCACCAGAAGAGAGGCUCCAUGGAGAGCGAGAACGUCGGCGAUCCGACAGAGGGCUGGGCGGCGGCGGCUGGCGCAGCACUCAUGCGCCACCGAGAGGAGGGGUUGCAGAGGAGAGAAAUCGGUUUGCAGUCAUCUCGGUUCUCCCCGUCUGCGUGCUCGGGGCCUUGCUCUGCGGAGCAGAAAGGCGCGAAUCGUAAUGAUUCCGGGAAAGAAACCAGGCAACAAAGACUCCCGCGCGCCCCCUCCCCACCGGCGAAGGCCUAUGUGCUCAGUUUGCCGCAGGCGCAGGUGUCUACGGAGAACGAGGAAGCGCGGCGAAGGCGCCACCAGGGGGGGGCAGCGCCGCAGCAAACCUCGCGCGUGUUGCAGCGGACGAACAGAGGAGACUGGGAGGAUGCAGAGAGGGCCAGAGAGGCUGGUAAAGAAAUGGCGUCGCAGAGGAAACUCGCGGCGAGCGAUGGACGAGAACUAGCCCAACCAGGAAGCGAGGAAGCGAUGGGGCCGCGCAGAUCGCGCGACGCACGGAAAAAGGACCGAGACAGGGAUGAAUUCGGCAAGGCGUCCGCAAGAUACGAGGAUAGUCAUGGCGGCGCGAAGCAGGCUUACGGCAUUGCAGAGGCGGAGAGACGUGCGUGUGCGCUCUUCAGUCUCGAUCGCCUUUUGCGAGCUGAAGACGUCUCUGAAGCCUUUUCUCUCGUGGCUCCACGAGCGCAUCCGUACCGCGUGCCGGUCCCCUCUCAGUUGUCUUCCGGUCCCUCUCUCUCGCCUUCAUCUGGCUCAGAUGUCCCGCUUCCUUCGUCUGCAUCCUCUCGCUCCGUGGCUCGCGCUGGGUCACAUGGAGCAUUGUCUCCCCAUCCCGCUGCGUCCUCGCCUUCUGCCGAGCUGUCGCUGCAGCAGCGGUUUGCUGUAGCCCAGGAAGCGCUGACCGCGCUGCCGGGCGGGGCGGCUUUGUAUCUUUUUCUCCAUCUUCUUUCGCGGCAUAGUCCCUCGACGCUCGCCAAGACUGUCGCGUCGUGUGUGCGGAAGACCGAGCCAACGCUCGCGCCUCUCGUUCUCUUCCCUCUCCUGGGCUCGCCGCCAGCAACUUACUUCGAGGACGCGAUGAAGCGCCAGCUGCUUCACACCGCUUCCAUCUAUCUGCUGGUGCUGCAAAACACUGAAGGAUGUUUAGUCGUUCGGCAGAAACGCGCGUUGCCUCUUCUUCGAGCGGCGCUGCGGCUCGGCGUCGCAGGCCUCGCGCGGAAGCUCGUGCGCUUCGUGCUCGCGCUCCUGGUUGCCUAUCCGGCGCGGAAGAGGGCGGAAAACAGCGCGUGCGAGGCGACCGGGGAUCCGACUGAAAGUGCGAAGGCUCGGCAGGCGUCUGUGCAUGCGCUACGGGAAGGAAACUGCGAAGAGGAUAUCGUCGUGCCGUGGUCGGGAGCAGGAGGGGCCCCCGCACUGUGGGCUCCGCCGGCGCUGUUUCAGGAGCGAAGACGAAGCAGGUCGCACGCAGCGAGGAGUCGCGCAGAAGAGAAACCUGCGCGAGAAGGCGAGCAGCUCCACUCUCAAGUGGAAGAGGAGGAGGGCUCCCGAAGAGCCCAGAAAGCGAAGCACGGCCAGCGUGCGGAGGAACGCGCGGAGAGACAAGCCGACGCAAAAGCAGACGAAGAGAGGGCCAUCUUUCAGCUUUACCGAGAUGUUGUGGCAAUCGUUGAGGACUGUCUUUUGAGUUCGCUGGUUCAUCUGCAGUGGCUCCGCGUUUUUCAGUUGACAAGUGUCCUCGCGCUCGAUCUGCCUGCUUGGCUCUUUCGCCUCCGCCCUCAUAUCUGUCGCGUCUUUUCGCUUGACGGGCCGUGCGGAUUGCUUCCGUCUCCGGAGUCCGCCCCGGUGGUGUCGCCCUGUUGUUCGCACUCGCAGUGCCUAUUUCUGCAGGACGACCCAGCAGUGCCGUUUGAGCGCGUUGUCUUGUCGCUUGUAAGCCAGCUCGGUCUCAGCGCUCGGGGCUUCGCGUCUCGCUCGAUCUGGUCUGCCGCGCAGUGGCGAGCUUGCCUUCUGGGCUCUCGUUCGUUGCCGUCCCUCUGUCGUACGACGGAGAUGGGUCGCCUACACCAAGGCUCUCUUCUUGCGCGUACGUCUUCUCGCGCCUCGUCUCAUUUCGGGGUCGACGCGUCGCUUGCUAUUUCAGAUUCGGCAGAGGCGGCCCCGGCUCCGACUGCUUGUCGAGAGGGAACGGAUCUGCAGUCAGAAGAGGCUGACGCCCGAGUUCUUGCUGCGUCGCCUUCCGCAUGCGAGUGGAAGCGGGGCAGUUACGCAGCCGUCUCUGGGGCGUGGGUUCACCUGCCUAGCGUGAGGGGGCUCACUCCUUCGCCUGCUCCGGCCUCGCCGUUUCCGCCCCCGACGUUUCGUGAGUUUAGGGCCUGCACUCAGCGUCCUCAUGCCGGUCUGCAUGCGCAAGUGUCUCCACCUUCUUCCUCUGUGCCUCUGCCUCUUCCCGAUGGGUGGUUCACACACAAGCAGGUCUACAGGGGUCGCCUCGCUAGCUCCUUUAGUCCGCGGACGAACGCGAGGGCGGGGGCGCCGUCGCCUCCGGCGGGGCUGCCACAGAGACUUGGGAGGCGGGUGCAGCCGAACUUCGUGUCGGGGAGCGAGGGCGAGUACAGUCUCAGGGCGGCGACGGAAAGUCUGACGGCUUUCUUUCUCCACGUCUUCGUCAGAGCCGACCUGCCUGUGCUGGCGUUGGCGCUCCUCGUGGCCGCAGGCGACCGCGAGGGAGUGAGGAGAAUUCUUUCUCUCUCGCCGUCGUUGCGACUGCGCAUUCAGAUGAAGCAAGAGGAAAGCAACGGGCGCGUCUCGGCUUCCGCGGACACGACCGCUCAGCAGCCGAGCAAGGCAGCGGCGCUAGAAAGCGGGCAUCCUGGAGGACGCAGUCGAGAAGACGCGAAGACUGCAGGAGGGGGUGCAGUGCGCAGGAAGCAAAACCGAGACGCCGGCGGGUGGGCAGCAAUGUCUCGCUCCUUGCGAGAGCUGCUUUUCGUCAUGGCUGAGCAAGCGGCAGAAAGCGGGGCGCCGACUGGAGAACGGAUAGAGCCACCUGCCGGGAGAAACGGUGAAAGAAUCCGUAAAACGUAA